GCUGGAUUAAAUGGCUCGAACCAGGGUUUCUGCAAUUCUGCUGUGGAAACCUGAGGAUCCUGGCUAUGAGAGACCUGCGUAUAGGGAUUGGACCGAGGAGGAAGAUGAGCCUAAGUACUCACCAGAGGAAGAACUGGCCUUACUCGACAAACAAAUCCUUGCGAGCGAUGGGUUUGAUAUCGACUACACACAGUUCCGGUGUGUCUUCAACUACCAUCUUGCUUAUCUCGACUCAGAUGAAUUCGCUGAGGAGCCAACAGAAACCACUAGGGAUUUACUCGAGAGGCUCUCUAGGAAGGCCCUUGAUGACUACAAUCAAGAAUCUAGAACAAAAUUUGAGUUUGUCAAGGUUGUGAAAGCAAACUUUCACUGGUGUUGUGCAUAUAUGUUUCUCAUAACAUUUGAAGUUGUUGAUCCUUAUGAUAACUUGAUAAAACUCUUCCAAACAAGGGUUCGCCACGAGACAGAUAUCGUGACUGAGUAUGUCUUUUGCAGGCGAAACCCAAUCAAGAAGUGGAAUGCAUUGGAAUUAUCAAGAAAGAUGUCGAGAAAGAUUUCAAGAAACAAAGAUUGGAGUAGAAGCUUUUAUUAUAUGCCACAAGGUGUGGGAACCGAGAGAUACUCUGUUAUUUUUCAAUCUAUUUGAGUCCUAGAUGACUUGAAUUGCUUAGGGGACAUGCCGCAACACAAAUCUAUUGAUACAAAAAAAAGUAUGGACGGGUGGAAUCUACUAUACAGUUGAAAUAUGCAUUUAGGCCAUAAAGUUUUACUAAACUAACGAAUGGUUGUUUCUAAAAUUUGUGUACUUAUUUUUCUGUAAUAUAAUUUUUAUACUUCUUA